ACCUUAACCAUGUAUUUUCAACAAUAUUGGAGAGAUAAAAGACUCGCCUAUUCUGGGAUCCCGCUCAACCUCACGCUGGACAAUCGAGUGGCCGACCAGCUAUGGGUGCCCGACACCUAUUUCUUAAAUGACAAGAAAUCAUUUGUUCACGGAGUGACGGUGAAAAACCGCAUGAUACGGCUUCACCCCGAUGGGACCGUGCUGUACGGGCUCAGGAUCACCACCACGGCCGCGUGCAUGAUGGACCUGAGGAGGUAUCCGCUGGACGAGCAGAACUGCACCCUGGAAAUCGAAAGCUAUGGCUACACCACGGACGACAUCGAAUUCUACUGGCGCGGCGGCGACAAGGCUGUCACCGGGGUGGAGAGGAUCGAGCUCCCGCAGUUCUCCAUCGUGGAGCACCGCCUGGUCUCGAGGAACGUAGUCUUUGCCACAGGCGCCUACCCUCGGCUGUCCCUGAGCUUCCGGCUGAAGAGGAACAUCGGCUACUUCAUCCUGCAGACCUACAUGCCGUCCAUCCUCAUCACCAUCCUCUCCUGGGUGUCCUUCUGGAUCAACUAUGACGCGUCCGCAGCCAGGGUCGCCCUCGGCAUCACCACCGUCCUGACCAUGACGACCAUCAACACGCACCUGCGGGAGACGCUGCCCAAAAUCCCCUACGUCAAAGCCAUCGACAUGUACCUCAUGGGCUGCUUCGUCUUCGUGUUCCUGGCCCUGCUGGAGUACGCCUUCGUCAACUACAUCUUCUUCGGGAGAGGCCCUCAGCGGCAGAAGAAGCUGGCGGAAAAGACGGCCAAGUCCAAGAACGACCGAGCGAAGAGCGAAAGCAACCGGGUGCAGGUGGACGCUCACGGGAACAUCCUGUUGACGUCCCUGGAGGUCCACAACGAGAUGAACGAGGUGGCGGGCGCCGUCGGGGACACCAGGAAUUCAGCAAUAUCCUUCGACAACUCAGGAAUCCAGUACAGGAAGCAGGCCGUGUCCCGGGAAGGGCGCCACACGGGGGACCGGGGCCUCCCGCACAAGAAGACCCAGCUCCGGAGACGGUCUUCGCAGCUCAGAAUCAAAAUCCCCGACCUGACUGACGUGAACGCCAUAGACAGGUGGUCCCGGGUGGUGUUCCCGCUCACCUUCUCGCUGUUCAACCUGGUGUACUGGCUGUACUACGUGAACUGA